UAUCCAUUCAAACCAUAGCAAGUACUCAACUUCACAAAACACAUUCCAAAAACUCCAUAAAAAAGCACUUGAAAAUGGAAGGUCCAAGGACUUCUUCAUCUAUGAAUAAUUUUCUGGGGGAUAGAGAGGAAGCUGCAACAAAUCAAGAAGAGAGUGGAUGGACAACUUAUUUGGAUGAUUUUUCAUUAAUGAAACAAAGGGAAAAUAGUUGUUAUAAUUCUGAGGAUGAUUGCCCUUCUUUGCUAUCUGAUGCUGCUUCUCAUGUUAAAAGAUUGAAUUUGAAGAAAACAAGAAAUAAGAAAAUCUCUGAUCCUGAUUUGGAAGACACUGCUAGUUCACCUGUCAACAGUCCUAAGGUAAGCAGUUUUAAGCAGAUGGACAUCAAUUACAUAAGAGCAGAAAACAAUAGCAGAAACUUUCUGGGAAAUGAAGGAAGCUCAAGACAAAUAAUCCAAGAAAUGCAGAAUGUAGAGAGAGGCCACAGCAUAUCUUUUGAAAAUAAUGGCUAUACUGACCUGAAGAAGAAGGGACUUUGUCUUGUGCCUAUAUCCAUGUUUGUCAACUACAAGGGCUGAUUAAUAUUGCUCUUGCCCACC